AUGUGCUGGAACUGUCGAGGGUUGGGCGAUCCUUCGACAGUUCAUGAGCUGUGCGACCUCGCGCGGAUUAACUCGCCUUCGAUCCUGUGUGUUGUUGAGACCCAAAUAGCAAAAAACCGAGUUGAAGGGUUGGCUAACACACUAGGUUUCGAUAGUGCUUAUGGGGUGGGGAGUUCUGGAAGGAGUGGCGGCUUGUGUAUUUUUUGGAAGAAUCCAAUGCAGCUUACGUUGAGGAAUUUCUCCAAAUAUCAUAUUGAUAUGGUGGUGGAGGAACAAGGGAAGGACCCUUGGAGGUUGACUGUCUGGUAUGGAGAGGCGAAUAGGAGCCUGCGAUACAAAACUUGGGACAUGAUGAGAUACCUAAAAGCAGAUAGUGAUCUGCCAUGGUGCUGCAUUGGGGAUUUUAAUGAAGUGUUGAGGAGGGAGGAACAAAUGGGGCCGAAUGAUAGAGAGAUGGCUCAGAUAAACCUCUUUCGUGAGGUGGUGGAUGCAUGCCAAUUAUGUGACAUUGGUUAUGUGGGUUUAGAUUGGACCUUUGAGCGGCGGAUCCAAGGUGGAGAGUAUUGCCGUGUACGGCUCGAUCGUGUCUUGGCGUCAGCAGAGUGGUCAGAGAUGUUCCCUUUGGCUACUUUACAUCAUUUGCAUGCGGUAAAAUCUGAUCACUCUCCAAUUCUUCUGAUGAAUGAGAUGGAAGCACAAAAUCAGAGAAUUGUUGUAGGGAAGCCGUUUCGUUAUGAGGUUAUGUGGGAAAGGCAUGAGGAGUUCCAGAGUACCCUGGAGGCAGCUUGGGGUCCUUCAGGGGCGGGAAAUGUGGAGGAGCUGCAAGCUAAGCUACUAUCCACGGCCAUGGCAUUGAAGGGGUGGGGCAGCUCGUCUUUUGGUGCUAUUCGCACGUAG